GAUCAUGUCUACAAAGAAGCCACUGGUGCAUGCUAUAGUGCAGACGGCUGCCCUCAACUUGGGAUGCGGAGGACUGGGUUUCAUCCUGUCACUGACGGGCGUUGCCCUGCUAGACCUGCAGGAACUGUACGACACCAGCAUCGGAUUGGUGUCCCACCUGAUGACCAGCCGGUCUGUCGGAACCCUCGUAGGAUCUAUUGUUGGAGGUUACCUCUUCGACACCUGCAACAAACAACUGCUGAUAAUCUUCACACUGGCGUUGAUGUCUCUCACCUUCGUGUUCCUGCCGUUAAGCUCGAACCUGUGCUUCGCUUAUCUUGCGAGCUUCUCGAACGGCGUCGCACUAGGUGCCUUUGACACAGGUGCCCAGGUCCUCCUCAUCAAAUUGUGGCCAGCCAACCCUGGACCGGCACAGCAUAUCUACCAAUUCUCCUUCGGCGUCGGGUCUCUAUUGGCUCCGUCACUCUCCCAUCCUUCCCUUUCUAGCGACGCCGAUGACAGUGAAUCAAAUGCCACCUCCAACCCUUCGCUAUUCAGCACGACGUCAACUAUGGACGACGUUCCAAUCAGCAGCCGUUCUCCAGCAACUACACCGGAAUCUAGAAUUCAGUAUGGCUUCCUGACCGUCACCAUCUACCUUGCGGCGAUUGUCGUUUUUCGUACUGUCCUCUACCUCGUUGAUAAUAGCAAGAAAGAGGACACAGCGGUUCCUCAAAUGAAGGCCACAGACGCUGACCAAUCAUCCGUUACCAGCGACGUCCGAUUCUCAAGAAUUCUUAUAAGCCUAGCGGGAGUCUACAUAGCUGCCUGCGUAGCCAUGGAAUGCGCCUAUGGACACAUGUUGACGACCUUUGGUAUGAUGAGCGACCUGCACAUGCCGAAGUCUUCUGCUGUGUACCUAACGCAAUUCUUCUUCGCAACGUCCACGGCGGCGAAAGCGCUUGCAGCAGUGGUUGCCAUGAAAGUGUCUCCCUUUGGAUUGCUGCUUGCUUCGAAAGUGACAUUAGGCUUUGCCUUCUGUGCGCUGUCGGUGUGGGGCGCAAAGUCCAGCACGGUACUGUGGGUUGGAACGGCCCUAUCUGGCCUGGGACAGGCGGCCAUCUACGGUGGUGUGGUCUCCUUCUGUGCCGACUACAUGGAGCUGACUAACAAGAUGAUGUCCGUUAUUAUAUUUAUGGACGGCUUUGGCGCCAUGCUCGCACCGGUACUAGUCGGACCGUUCAUAGAACUUUUCCCGAUGGUGUUGAUGUACUUGUGCUUGGCGUUGGUGAUAGCGAUGAGUGUCAUCUUCAUUGUGCUGCACCUGCUCACUAGGAAACGGAACAAGCUUAAGGGUAGUCCAGAGGCGGAAAACGGAGAUGGCGCUGUUGAAAUGAAAUCGUGAAGACUAGCCUGGAUGAGUACCCAGUCUGUAACGUGUAGGAUGGAGGACCCCCAGCUUUUGGAAUCUGGAUUAGUGGAAAACGUACCCAGUAAACCAGAAAUAUCCCAGGGACGUCCCAGCAAAGUUGCACACGUGACCUAUGUCCAGGAGGUACACCAGGCGUUAUUUGGACGUCCACAAUGUGACGUUGAAAAUCGUCGGACAUUGUAUCUCCCAGGGACAUCUGCAGGAUGUAAAAGGAAUUGCCCCUGCGCGUGGCAUUUUGGGCACAUAUCUCCGACACGUGAUGCUUACUGGAGUGACGGAAGCAAAGCGAGAAACAUUUUAGUUUUAGACCUUAAUUUGCAGAAUAAUCACAUCAUGGAAGAUAGUUUGAACUAAAAACACAAUAUUUGUGAGAAAGGGACGCCAAGAGUAUCAACGGUUAUGCUUCGACGUUGUUGGCACACAAACUUAUUAAUUCCCAAGACGUCUUCGCCGUUACAAGCGUAGUUCGCGCCGCAGUACACUUACUGAACGUACUGUCUUGCUGAGCUCAAGAUCGCGGGUUCGAUUCCGGCCGAGGGCGGUAGCAAUGUGGGGGAGUUAGGCAUUGUUUUCAGCACCGUGUGUCGGAGAUUUCCGUCGCACGUCAAAAGAACCCCAAGUGGUCCCAAUUAUCUGCAGUUCUACCCUGCGGCAAGUGCAACAUGUCGCCACACUGCGCGGACAAACCUUACGUGUAACAUCACAGUUAUUAUUAUAUUAUCAGUUAUCAUAUCACCAUUAUUUAUUACCUACGGCUCUCAUUUCAGUAUAUGCAAAAACUGAAUUAUAAUGCUCAGCAAACAAGCUAAUUUGAUAUGAAAGGGUAAACGUCCCAUUCACAUACAGAUAUCCAACGGAGACGUUCAUAGGACGUUCCCCGGACUGCAAAAUGAGAAGAAAGUUUGUUACCAGGGACGUCGCACAGGCGUAAACGGGACUUUCGCGAACAUCCCUGGGAUAUCCAAAUGUCAAAUUCAGUUCUUCCCCAGGAUAUCCUUGGGACAUAUUUGGUUUACUGGGGUCCCGACGGCUUCAUUUCCUUCAUUCUUUUCUCAUUUCAUUCGUAACGCCUGUUGUAAAGUAUUAGGUACUCAAUUAUUAC